UUUUUCCUUUUUCUCUCAACACUAAAACCCCUCAAUUUAUAAAAGGAAAUUUAUCCCACGACUACAAAUCUUUCAUUUUCUUCACAUUAAAUAAGUUCCUAUUACUAGUAUAUUAUUCUUUAGAGAAAGAAAAAACGAUUUUUAUCUCAGUUUCACUAAUAAAAUCAAUAAAUUAAAUACUGAGUGUGACCCAGAUCGGUUAACUGUAAUCCAUCACUUGCCCAUUUUAUCAUUUACAAAACCCAGAUUAAAAAACUGUAGAUUUGUGUAAAAUACUUGAUAAAAAUGUGUUCUUGAAAUUCUUGAUAUUUUAAAAAUGAAGUAAAUAAAUAAGACAAUAUUGUUAUAAAUAACUACUGGUGUAUAUUAAUCUGGGUUUUUGUUUAUAGAUUUAUUAUUUAUUGAUUGAUUAAUGGGGACUUGUUUUAGUUCUGAGUACGAUGAACAACAAUCUUUUCAGACAAAGCCAGUGAAAUGUUCAGGUGAAAACCAACGAUCUCCAAAUAAAGAUGCAUUGAAGAUUCCACCAAAGCAGGGUGUUUUAGAUUCACCUAGUAUAAAAAGUCCUAGUAGUAUAGUGGUAAUCACGAAAGAUGUUAAAGAUCUUAGACAGAAUCCUCAAUAUACCAAUCUUGAUGUUUUUACAUAUGAUGAGAUGCGAAUGGCAACCAAAUUAUUUAGGCCAGACCAAGUUUUAGGUGAGGGUGGAUUUGGAGUUGUUUAUAAAGGGCUUAUUGAUGAAACUGUGAGAGCCGGAUAUGCUAAAACUCAAGUUGCAGUAAAAGAGCUCGAUCCAGAAGGAAUCCAAGGUGACAGGGAAUGGCUGGCGGAAGUCAAUUAUUUAGGACAACUGCAGCACCCGAAUCUUGUGAAGCUUAUUGGAUACUGCUGUGAGGAAGAUCACCGGCUUUUGGUGUAUGAGUUAAUGGCAUCUGGGAGCUUGGAGAAACACCUGUUUCGCAGAGUAUGUGCUACAUUGACUUGGUCAAGAAGAAUGAAAAUUGCCUUGGAUGCUGCAAAAGGGCUUGCUUUUCUCCAUGACGCUGAAAGACCUAUUAUCUACCGGGAUUUCAAAACAUCAAAUAUCUUGUUGGAUGCGGACUUCAAUGCCAAGCUGUCUGAUUUUGGUCUUGCAAAGGAUGGGCCUAUGGGAGAUCAAACUCAUGUAUCAACCCGAGUUAUGGGUACAUACGGUUAUGCAGCUCCUGAGUAUGUCAUGACUGGGCAUUUGACAGCUAGAAGUGAUAUAUAUGGGUUCGGGGUGGUGCUUCUUGAGAUGUUGAUUGGGCGAAGAGCCAUGGAUAAGAGCCGGCCUAGCCGUGAGCACAACUUGGUUGAGUGGGCUAGACCGCUUCUGGUUCACAAAAAAAAUCUUGCGAGAAUACUAGACCCUAGGAUGGAAGGUCAGUAUUCAUCAAAAACUGCCAUUAAAGUGGCUAAUCUGGCUUACCAAUGUCUAAGUCAAAAUCCCAAAGGUAGGCCUGUUAUGACCCAGGUUGUUGAGACACUUGAAUCGAUUCAGACUCGUGAGCUUGGUGAAGAAGAGGCACUUUUUCAAAGUGGGUAUGGGAGCGUGACAUUGUUUGAGGCUCCGGAUCUUAAAAAGAACGAGAACCAAGUGAAAGAUAAUGGCAAGAUUGAGGCUACAGAGGAGACUAAGAUGUAGUCUCUAGGCGUGUACCACGGAUCAAAUACGUUACGAUUGAAAAUUUGUUGGGCAAGAUCCAAGAGAUGGCGUUUUUUGGGUUAUCUGGAAAUGACUUUAUUUUCGGGAUCUUGUUUUAUUAGCAAAAAUGUAAUAUUAAUAGACUUUAACUGUUAAUUAUUCUUGCAUCUGAUAUCAGUAUUGUGUUAUUGUUCCUGAUA